AUGCUUCAUAAUUUUGGAAACUUUGUUAUCAAAACUUCUUAUGAGGGCAUAAAGAGUAUGGCCGCUAUUCGAGAACAUUAUCAGAAAAUCUCUAGUGAAAUUGCCAAAAUCAUUAAAAGAGCUUGGGAUGACGAACUUUCUGCGCGUCCUUUAGACUUAGAAGUUUCUUGGGAAUGUUUUAAUUGUCAUGCAAAUAUUGGAAGUAACGAAGCUAAAUAUUGGAAGGGUUAUUAUCUGUUAACUGGAAUGAACGGAUCUAAGGAUCCUGAAGCAGCUCUCUGUCUCUUUAAGGAAGCGGCGGAUAAUGUUAUUGCCGAUGCUCGACUCCGUUACGC